AUGGACACGGCGCGCGAAGCCCUAAUCGACAUUCAACCCAAAGGCUUUUUCAUACGUCUACCUCCGGCACAGCAUGAGCUGGACGAGACGCUGACCCCGGACGCUCUUCUCUUCCAAACCAUCCAUAUGGGAACUGCACUGGUAGACACGAGUCGCUGGAGACUGGUCCUCGACGGGCUCGUCGAGCGUCCAUUCUCCAUCACUCUCGCACAAUUACGACAAAUGCCUGCAAAGUCAAUUAUCUCGUUCCACGAAUGCUACGGAAGUCCGCUCAACCCUCCCCCGACCAAGAAUGUGUGGAGAAUUGGCAACGUGCAAUGGACGGGGGUACCGUUGUGGGAUCUCCUCUCGCUUGCGCGGCCACACGCUGAUCGAGGGUUAUUUGUGUGGUCGGACGGGUUGGACUCGGGGACGUUUGCUGGAGUAGAAGCGGACAGGUAUCAGAAGGACUUGCCUAUUGAGAAGACCCGGUGUCCGGAAGUGCUGGUGGGGUACGAGAUGAAUGGACAGCCGUUGAAUGAGAAGCGCGGCGGGCCGGUGAGACUCGUCGUGCCGGGAUGGUUUGGGACUAAUUCUACAAAGUGGUUGUGUCGCUUGUCGGUGCAGGAGACCAGAGCUAGAGGGUCGUUCACUACUGUCUUUUAUAACGAGCCUGAUCCGGUGGGUUUGGAGGGCAACCGCACCAGGCCCGUGUGGGCGGUUCAGCCAAACCCGAUCAUUGUACGGCCUCGUCCCCGGGAAGCGUUUGCGUGUCCCGCAUACGUGGAGGGCUGGGGACGGGCAUGGGGAGCAGAAUAG